AUGGAUACUAUAGUUCCUCGGUCGUCGUCGCGGCCACGACCCUCAUCCCGGCCUACAACUCCCCUAAGACCCAGUUCUCGAUCGUCCAUUCGUGAAGCCCAUGGUUACGGGACCAGCAUCGGCAAUGCUGGCUACAACCAACCUGCGAUCAACGCCUUGGAACCUCAAUUCGCGGAGCUAGCAGAUUCGAUGGCGGACCUCGAGGCGAAUUUCAUGCACCUCCAGCUCAUGCACGAGAGUUUGACGCGUUUCAGCGAGAGCUUCGCGAGUUUUCUCUAUGGGUUAAACAUGAAUGCGUUUUGUGUGGAUUUCCCGGAGGCACCCAUAGCUGAGUCGUAUCGGAGGGCAAAACAAGUCGAGGCCCAGAAAGAGGCUGAGGCUGAGGCUGAACAAAACCGACCAGUUCCUGAAACCGAGACUACGUUCAUGACAACAGACACCUCGUUCGUUGAGAAUCCACCCAGCACAGUUUCCUCAAAGCCCACAACGAAAUCAUCCAUCCCGUCCAGGGGAGCCGCUCGAGGUUCCUCAACGCGCGGCUCAACAGGCGGUCGCUAUACAACAAGGGGAUCCAGCCGUGGUCGAGCCAGUGCACUACCUAGGGGUAGAGGGGUUCGAUGA